CUAGUUUAAAAUGUCUUCGUGUCUUCCUUUUUCUGGGGAAAGUGAAGAUCAUUAUUCUUUCCAAGGCCAAUUUUUGCAGCUCUGCUCUUGAUCACAUCACUUCUCAAUCCCUGUUCCAUCAGAUGCAUCCUGAUUAGUGCCAUCAGAGUCUUACUAAAUCAUGUUUUGGAUUAUGUCAUUCUACUAAGACAUCUCCAGUUACCAUCUAUUGGUCACCCAGUGGAUUCUAAGUCCCUGGCAGGGCAUUCGGUGUCUUCCAUAGUCUGACUCUAGCUGUAUUUUCCAGAACUGUACUAGAACCAACCCCCCCUUCUCUGUAUCUGAGCUGUUUAUUUCUAACACAUUGCAUCUUUUUGUACAUUAUUUAAUAAUAUUCUGUCUGCUUCAUUUCUAUCUCUUGAACCCUUUUGAGGCCACACUUAGAUGGCCACUGCUUGCAUUAUGCUUUUCCUUAUUAUCACACGCAAAAGUGGUUUCUUCUUUCCUCCCCUUCACACUUACAGCUCUUAUUUUGUUCAUUCAUUCAUUCAGUAGUCAGUAUUGAUUGUGUGCCUAAUAUGUACUUGACACUGUUCUGAAAUGUGGGGUAAUCAGUGGUGAAUAAGACAGACAAGAUUCCUACUCUCAUAGAACUAACAUUUUAUUGAAACAGAAUGUAAAUAACAAAGAAAACAGUAAAUAAAAAAACUGUAGAGAAAGUUAAAUAAGGCUUUGUGAAGAGAGUGACUUGCUAGUUUCUUUAGCUUAUUGGUCAGGAAGACCUCUCUGAGGAUCUGAUUACUAAAAGGUGCAGCUAUAUAAUUGGGGAAGGAACAAUUUAAGCUGCAGGAACAGUUAGUGCAAAGGACUGAAGAAGGCCAGUAUAGUUGGAGUGUAGUGGAUAAUGGGGAUAGGGUACAAGAUGCUUUUGGAGAAUAGAUAGGGUCCGGAAUCAUAGUCUUUGGAAGUCAGGGUAAGGAAUUUGGAUUUUAUCAUAAACGUGAUUAGAAUGUUUUAAACGGUUCUGAUAUGAUUUAAUUUACCUUUAAAGAUAUUCUGGCUGCUUUCUGGAGAAUGGACUAUAGUGAGUUAGCAGUGGAAGCAGUGAUUAGAGGCCUUCACAAUGUCUAAGAAUUUCUGGAAUGAAAGUAUUAAGUAGGGCUGAUGGAAAGGAGUGAUCAGAGAGCCAGAUGCUUAAAGUUGAUGUUUUAUAAGUUGCAUUUUAUGGAGAUGAGAAAGUCAAGGGUAUGACCAUGGGAGGGGAUGACUGAGAUGAAGUGGACCUGGGAGGUUGAGGAACUGAGGGACCACGAUGUUGAAUGGAAGAUGCAUGUGGAUGAUCACGGAAGUCAUGCUGGAUGUGAAGAUAGUAAGCCAGAUGUUAAGGUCAUCAGUGAAUGAAGAGAAGUCCUCAGGCGAUCAGAGUGAAGAUGAUGGCAGAUGGUAAAGCUUGAUGGCGUGAACUUCAAAGGCACUGGGAAUUUUGAAGGCAUUAUUACUUAAGAAUGGAAGAGGAUACAGAUUAUGGAAACAGGUUCAGUUCUUUGUGUUACAUUAAUGAUCAUGUUGGAUUUCUUGGCACUAUAAAAAGCUCACCAAGUGACUUUGUUGUUAUUGAGAUUGAUGAGCAGGGACAGUUAGUUAAUAAAACCACUGAUGAACAUCUUUACAAGAUUAAUAACAUACUACCUGAGCCAAAUAAUUUUGCCAAAAAAACAAAACUAGAUCUUCAAAAUUUGUCCUUUGAAGGUGGGCAUAACCAAGAACUUGGUACUUUAAGUAGGUGUUCCAAUGGUGACCAUAAUCAUCAGUCUACUUCAGAAAGUGAAGCUACUAUCGAUGAUGGAACUUCCAAAUGUGAAGAAGAAACAGCUGAUGUGUUAGGCUCCGUAUUAGAUAAAAAAACUAAUGAAUUACUGAAUCAGUUUGCCUAUAAUAUAAAAGAGAAGUGGAAUUCUGAAACUGAGCUAGUGGGACCAUCUCCUGAAUUGUCAUUAGGCAGAAUCCUUGACAAAAACCAGAGGGCCAGUUUACAUAGUGCUAUUCGGCAGAAAUUUCCUUAUUUAAUAACUGUAGGAAAAAAGAGCGAAAUUGUUGUAAAACCAAAUUUUGAGUAUAAAGAACUCUGUCACCUGGUAUCUGAAGAAGAAGCAUUUGACUUUUUUAAGUAUUUGGAUGCAAAGAAAGAAAAUUCCAAAUUUACCUUUAAACCUGAUGCAAACAAAGACCACAGAAAAGCUGUUCAUCAUUUUGUCAACAAGAAGUUUGGAAACCUUGUGGAAACCAAAUCUUUUUCAGAACUGAAUUACAGUGCUGAUAAUCCAAACGUAGUGAUAACAGUUAAGUUUCGUGAAAAAGCAUACAAGCACAGGAAAAGGUCUCAUCUUGAAUGCCAAGAAAGAAAAGUUAUAUAUACAGCUUUCACCCUGCGAAAAGAGAAUCUGGAAAUGUUUGAGGCAGUUGGUUUUUUAGCUAUCCAACUUGGUGUGAUUCCUUCAGAUUUCAGUUAUGCAGGCCUUAAAGACAAGAAAGCCAUCACCUAUCAAGCAAUGGUUGUUAGAAAAGUGACUCCAGAGAGGUUAAAAAAUAUUGAAAAAGAAAUUGAAAAGAAAAGAAUGAACGUGUUUAAUAUUCGAUCUGUAGAUGAAUCCCUUAGACUUGGUCAGCUCAAAGGAAAUCACUUUGAUAUUAUCAUCAGAAACUUAAAAAAACAAAUCAAUGAUUCUUCAGAUCUGAAAGAGAGAAUUUUGGAGGCAAUAGAAAAUGUUAAGACUAAAGGUUUUGUGAAUUACUACGGACCUCAGAGAUUUGGGAAGGGAAGGAAGGUUCAUACAGACCAAAUUGGAUUGGCUUUGCUGAAGACUGAAAUGCAUUUUAAGCAGAAGCUGAAUGGCCCCUGUCAUGGAUUGAAUUAUGUCCCCCAAAAAGUGAAGGCUAUAAAAUUAUUUCUUACACCAGAAGACUUGGAUGAUCCUGUAAAUAGAGCAAAGAAACAUUUUCUUCAAACUGAGGAUGCGAAAGGUGCACGCUCACUGUUGCCUGAAUUCAAAGUGCGGGAGAGAGCAGUGUUGGGGUCAUUGCAUCGCUUUGGCAUGACAGAGGAAGGCUGUAUCCAGGCAUGGUUCUCUUUCCCCCAUUCUAUGCGCAUAUUCUACGUUCACGCAUAUAGUAGCAAAAUUUGGAAUGAGGCAGUGUCUUACAGACUUGCAACCUAUGGAUCAAGAGUAGUGGAGGGCGAUUUGGUCUGUUUGGAUGGAGAUGUCGACGAUGAGCAUUUCCCAAAUGGUAACGUUCAUCUAGUAACUAAAGAAGAGGAAUCAGCUAAUACAUAUGCAAUGCAUCAGGUGGUUCUUCCAAUACUUGGAUACAAUAUUCAGUACCCCAAGAAUAAAGUAGGACAGUGGUACCAAGAAAUGCUUAGCAGAGACGGACUACAUACAUGUCGAUUUAAAGUACCUGCUCUGAAAUUGAAUGUUCCAGGAUGCUAUCGACAGAUAUUGAAAUGUCCUCAUAAUCUCUCAUACCAGCUAAUAGAAGAUCAUGAGAUUGAUGUCAAAACAGAAGAUUCUUGCAUCAGUGAAGCAACUUUAUCUCUUUUCAUCUCUUUUGAUCUUGACUCUUCAUGUUAUGCUACAGUUUGUCUGAGGGAAAUAAUGAAGCAUGAUGUUUAAAACCAAUACCCUUGAUGUAAUCGUAUAUAUGUUACUCUUUGAAGGAAAGGAAGCUAAAAUUGCUUGAGCAUCUACCAUGUGCUAGAAGCUUUAUGAUUGUUAUCUCCUUCACAACAUCUUGAUGAAUUAAUGAUUGGGUGCUGUACCGUUCCAGAGGAGUAUAGCUAGUAAGUGGUAGUAUCUGAAUUUAAACUCAGAUCUGCCUGACUCCAAAGCCUAUGUUGUUUUUGUUAUAUCAUACUUAGUAACCUUUACUCUGUGCCAGAAACUACAAUAUUUUUGGAUCAUUAACAACUUUACUCUGUGCCAGAAACUACAAUAUUUUUGGAUCAUUAACAACAUGCAGUACCCCAGGAUAACAUUUAAGAAAAAAAAAUUUAAGUAAAUGUUUAUAUCUUCUAGCUCCUUGCUUAAAAUGUAGGUGAAAUUAGGUUACAAUAAAAGCAUGUGAUUGGAGAGAAAGAGAGAUUGAAACGUUGUUAUUUAUUAUUGUCCUCCUUUCCUAUAUUUGAAAUUAUUGAUCAGAAAAAUACACAAGGGAAAUAUCAUCCGCCUGUUAACGAUUGCUACCCCAGGUGGUCAUUACUGCUUGAUGAGAUAAAUAAUCUUUGAUGAAGAUUUUGAAAUCAGUUUUUUCAUACAGUUUCGAUAUCUUGACAUACAUUGGCUUUCUUGACUUUUUUUUUUUCUAUUAUCUAAAACACAGAUUUUAGAGUCAGACAGAUACGGGCUCAGGGUCCAGUUCUGCCCCUUUCUAGUGACUUUGGUAUGUUACUGAUUCUUUUUAAGGCUCACUUGUAGAACCAAGAAAAUACCAGCCUCACAGGCAGCAAAUAAUAUGAUUAUCUCCACCUUUUGUAUUGCUAGAGGGAGAAAAUAAUUUGCUCAUUUGAAAAUUUUAAUUUGAUUUGGCUUAACUAUCCCACGUCAUAAAUCAUCAUCCUUAACCAUUUUAUACCAGUUAAAUUUGUAGGCAGAAAAGGCUGGUAGGUAUUGACUGGGAAAAUCUGAGCAUUCUUUCAUUGCUGGAAGCAUUAUAUAAUGAUAAAAUUUAAAAAUCAGUGUAGAGUAUUACGUGUCAGUAACCUGGGAUUUUUAUAUAUUUAAGUCAGUCCAAUCAUUUUGGGGAUAUUAGCACAAGGAAAUCAAAGAAGGAAAAAAGCUAUAUGCAAUGCAAAUUUUGCUUAUUGCAACAUUUUUAUAUAUAAUGAGAGAAAUUAGAAAUAGUUUCAAAGGUCAGCAUUAGAUAA